GACGAAGACUGGUCUCGAGGACGCGGUAGCUGCCCGGAAGCAGGUUCAACGGCUGUCCAUUUACCAGAACAGGAAUUCGGCGGGAUUCCUAGAUUUAAGACGGAAAUGAUGCAUCGUGUAUGGCGAUAUUCUAGCACCUGUCAGAAGCUUGACUCGUGAUAAAUUGUCUGUUGCCUCUUUUGGGGCGGUUUCAGAGUUUUGCACUUGUCCACCACCACUUUGGUGAGACAAAAUGGUGGUCCUGUACGAGGCCUUUGCCUUUCCCAUUGUGCGUGAUCAGCUCAUCGCCAACACGGUGCUGGUCGCCUUCGCCACUCUUGCUCUGGUCCUCCGGUUCAUCUCGCGACAUCUCCGGCAGAGUAAGAUCUGGUGGGACGAUGGCUGCUGUGUAGGCUCCAUGCUGCACACGUACAGCAUGCUGGCAAUGCACUACCACUACGCUCGCGUCGGGAUGCGCAACCAUGUCACGGAGAUCCCCCCGGAGAACCUGGUGGCCAUCCUCAAGAUGCUGAUCGUCUACCAAGUCGUCUACUACAACGCCAUGCUCCUCGCCAAACUGAGCUAUCUCUUCUUCUACCUCCGCAUCUUCGUCACCAAGGGCUUUCGCAUUGCCGCCUGGGUCUGCAUGGGCUGUGCCUGUGCCUACUGGGCCGGCAGCAUGCUCCAGAUUUUCUUCAUCUGCCAACCCUUCCAGAAGAACUGGAACCCGAUGCUACCCGGCCACUGCGCAAGCCAGAACGUCGCCUUUUCGACCAUCGGCGCCUUUAAUCUCAUCACGGACGUCAUGAUCAUGGUGCUGCCGCUGCACUUGAUCUGGAAGUUGCACAUGAGCACUGCUACCAAGCUGGCGCUCUACGGUAUUUUCGGAAUGGGUCUUUUUAUCUCCGCCAUAACCAUCAUCCGCAUCCGCGUCCUCACGACCGUCGACUUCCUCGAUCUCCCGUACUCGAUGAUCUGGGCUGCCUUCUGGAGCGUCACUGAACCGGCCCUGGCGAACUUGAACGCGUGCGUGCCCAUGCUGCGACCCGUCUUCAAGACAGCUUUCCCGACACUGUUUGCCAGUCGCAAAAUCUACUCGACGCAGCCGGAGUCUGGGGGCACAGGGAACAAGAACAAAGCUUUCAAGCGCAUUAACGAUGUCGACAGUGACAUUCAGCUUACGAAUCUCACGCAGUUGGAGGAGCCGGCUAGAACGAGUCGGGACGGGCGAUCAGAACAUGGGGACGAUCGGUCACAGGAUGGCCGUUCGCAAGAUGGUCGUUCGCAGGAAGGAUCGACCCAUGUCUCCAGGAGUGUGAUCGAGACCAAGCCCUGGGCCUAUAAUGUAGCAAUAUGAUGCUUAUUAAUUAAUGGCGGAACUAUGGAUUAAUGCCCCGUAUCCCCCCUUUAUCAACAGACUGG